AUGGCUGUCACAUUCGAAUCCUCCGACUCGCAGACCGUCUCGCCGGUGCGUCUGGUGCUGGGCCAGCUGGUCGCCAUCUGGGCCGCGCACUGGCCGGUGCUGCUGCCGCUCCUCUUCAUCAGCCGGCUUCUCUACAAACGCUACGCCUCACCGCUGCGGAGGUAUCCCGGUCCCUGGCUCGCCUCCGUCUCGCGGCUCUGGAAGGUGCUGAGCACGGCGUCCACCAACACGCAAUGGCAGCACAUCGACCUGCACCGCAAGUACGGCCGCAUCGUGCGCAUCGCGCCCAACGAGGUGUCGAUUGCAUCGCCCGAGGCGGCACGCUUGAUUCUGAGCGCGGGCAAGCACUUUUACAAGACCAACUUCUACGGCGUGUUCCCGCCGCCCGAAAACCCGGACAUUUUCACCGAAGUGCGCGAGCACGUGCACGCGCAGAAAAAGAAGGUGGCCAACGUGCCGUACAGCAUGGCGGCGAUGCAGCAGCUGAGCCCGUUCAUCAACGACGCGGUCGAGCUGCUCGUGGCCAAGCUGGCGACGCAGGCCAACGGGCAGGCACACGACGCCGCCGGUCCGCAGGUGGACCUGGGCGCGUGGCUGCACUACUUUGCGUUUGACGUGCUGGGCGAGGUGGCCUUCAGCCGCAGCUUCGGGUUCCUGGAGCAGGGCCGCGACGUGGAGAGCGCCAUCAAGACGAUUGACGACUCGCAGCGGUACAACGGCAUCGUGGGCCAGGUGCCCGAGCUGGACUACGUGCUGCGGCGCAACCCGCUGUGCAAGUACAUCCCCGCGCUCGACACCAAGAACGCGCUCAUUACGCGCAUGGCGCUCGAGGAGCUGGGCCGGCGCAGGCCGUUUGACAAGGAGAGCGAGGGCAAGUGGCGCGGCGGCGACGGGCGGCAGGACCUGCUGGCCAGUCUGAUCAAGGGCCACCUCAAGGACCCGGAGAAGUUUGGCGAGGGCGACGUGUUUGCGGUCGCGCACGGCGCCAUUUUUGCGGGCUCGGACUCGACGGCCUCGACCAUGCAGUCGUUUUUCUGGCUGGUCCUGCACGACCGCCGCAUCUACAACAAGCUCGUGGCCGAGAUCGAGGCCGCGGUCGCCGACGGCACCAUCCCGCCCGCCGGCAACGUGUCCUGGUCCGAGGGCCAGGGCCUGCCCUACUUCCAGGCCUGCCUGCGCGAGGCCAUGCGCGUCCGCCCGGCCGUCGGCCUCAACAUCACCCGCGUCGUCCCGCCCGAGGGCGCUGAGCUGGACGGCGUCUUCUUCCCCGGCGGCACCCACGUCGCCGUCAACGGCUGGGUCAUCCACCGCGACCGCGCCACCUUUGGCGAGGACGCCGACGUGUUCCGCCCCGAGCGCUGGACCGAGGACGAGGAGCGCGCCCGCCGCAUGGAUCGCUACAUGGUGCAGUUUGGCGGCGGCGCACACGUCUGCAUCGGCCGCAACCUGGCGCUGCUCGAGAUCAACAAGGUGCUUCCGCGCCUGCUGCGCGACUUCCGCUUCGCGCUUGUGCACCCAGACCGCCCGCUGAAUGCGCACGCCACGUUUUUCGUUGUCCAGGAGGGUCUGGACGUGUACAUUGAGAAGAAAUCGACGUAG